AAUCUGUAAUUGUAAAACAUAGCUGUUUAACUCCUUAGAGAAAAGGGAUUAGGGUUUAGCCGUUUUUCCGAUUAAGCCUCCGACAUGGUUGAAGCGGCAAUUGCGGAAGCUUCCGGAGAAGGAAAUGGAUCGAGCAGCAUACUCUCGCAGAAGAGAGCAUGUUGUUCUUCGAUAUCUCCCGGCGACGGAGCGAAGAGAGUGGGUACAGAGGAUAAGCGACUCUCGACGACGCUGCUAGAUCUGAGUAUUCUCGACUGUCCCAUCUGCUUCGAAGCAUUUACGAUUCCUAUCUUCCAGUGUGAUAAUGGGCAUUUGGCUUGCUCUUCUUGCUGUGCCAAACUAAGUGAUAAAUGCCCUUCUUGUGCUUCUCCUAUCGGCCACAUCCGCUGCAGAGCAAUGGAGAGUGUUCUUGAAUCGAUUUUGAUCCCUUGCGCAAACGCCAAGUUAGGUUGCGCCAAGAAUGUGUCUUAUGGGAAAGUAUCAACUCAUGAAAAAGAAUGUGCUUUCUCUCUUUGCUCCUGCCCAGUGCUAGACUGCAAUUACACUGGACCGUACAAGGAUCUCUACGAUCACUACAAAUUUACCCACAGAAAAAAAUGGUCAACAGGCCUUGCUUACAUGAUUAGUAAUUAUCGUCAAAGUUCAUUUGGUGCCAAGAUGAAUAUCAGCGAUAAGAUAUUUAUUAUAGUGAACGAUACAAGAAGUCUAUUGUUUGUAGUGCAGUGUUUUAGGGAGCCGUAUGGUGUGUAUGUAACUGUAAGAUGCAUUGCACCAUCUGCUCCAGAAGUAGGAGAGUUCUCAUAUCAGAUCUCAUACAAGAGCGUGGAUGAACACACUAUGUUUUACAAAUCACCAGUGGUGAAGAGGAUUCGUGAAGUGAGUUUUCAAACCCCUCAAGAAAAUUCCAUGUUGUUGAUCCCACUCAGUUGGUUAAGUGGUGACUCGUUGGAGAUUAAUAUUUGCAUCAAGAAGAAGACUAACUAAGAGUAAGAAGCUUGCGGUAUAGAAGAGGGCCCUUUUUUGUCGUCUGUAAGUUUUAACCUAACAAGCUAGGAUCAGAUCUAGUUGCUAUAUGUAAGUUUUUGACCUGGCGGACUAAGAUCAGAUCUUGUUGCUAUAUGUAAGCUUUAACCUAAGAAGCUAAACCCUAAACCGUGUAAAUUUUGACCUGGCGAACUAAG